GCAUGUUACUAGCAACUGUGAUGUUCAGUCUCCACAGCAACUUCAUCUGCUUCUUUCAUGAGUGACUGUUUCACGCCUGUAAGAGUGUAUAUCCAGAGAGUCUGUCGCUGCAGCACGAGGAUCUGUGUUUCUGUUGGAGGCUCAAACGAGCAGCAUGUAGCCUCCUCGGCUAACUUCACAUUACUUUGAAGCUAGUGUUAUGCUAAGAAGUGAAACUGCCUGAAAUUCAAACAGGACUCUGGCUUUGAUGAAAGAGAUCAGCUUCAUUGUUAUAUAACAGGAUAUGACAUGGAUAAAACAUUGAUAUCAGGGAAGGAGGACAUAGAGGACAAAGUGCCUGAAAAUGACAGCAGUGGGAAGGAGCAGCCAGAUGAUGUGGAAAUGGAGGAAACUAAAACAGAUUCACUCAGUGAGACUGCCAAGAACGAUGAAGCCGAGGAAGAACUCACUGAGGAGCUGCAGCCAGACUCUGUACCUGAAGAUGGAGUUAGCCUCUGCACUGUCUGUGGCUUCUCAGCCAAAUGUCCAAGAUCAUUGAAGAUUCACUUUGCAAGAAAACAUGGAAAGCACUCAAAGAAUACCAAUAAAGCUGCAAAGCCAGCAGAAAAAGGUGAUUCAAGUCUACCUGAAAUUGAACAGGAAGUAGAUAUGGAAACAGAAAGUCCUGCUGUGGUGAACCAAAACCAGCAGUCUGAUUUAGAGGAGUUGAAAUUGGCAGCCAGUGAAAAUGACAUGAGCACAAAUAGCUUAGCUGAAAAGGAAACUGUUGAUGAUAAACAGCAGGCUGAUCAAGAGGAGACGACCCCUACCCAAGAGAGGAGAUUAAGCAAGAGAACCCCGAAACCUAAGGUGAUAUAUUCCUGCAACUACUGUGGCCAAGAGUUCAGAGACAAGGCCCCUUUGGAUGUGCACAUCCAGAGAUAUCACACCAAAGACACCCCUUACAUAUUUGAAACCGAUGAGAACACCGUUAAAGACGAGGAAGCUGUGGAUCCCAGCGGCACUGUGAAAGCCACUCCGACACGAGUGGCAGCAAAACGUACACUCAGCAGGUUUCAGCUGAAAUGUACCUUCUGUGAUUUUAGAGUCCCCAGUCCUGCAUUGCUGGAGAGCCACGCUCGAGUCAAACACCUGGACCAGGAGUGCUACCGCUGCAAGCUGUGCAACUUUUUUGCCGCCUCCUCUGGGUGGAUGGAUGUUCACCUGUCCUCGGAUAGCCACCUACAACAACAGAAAGAGGAGAACGGCUCAGAGGGUUCCUCGUCUGAAGAAUAUGUGGAGAGAGUAAACAGAGAAAGUGCUGGUUUUAAAGAUGAUACGGCUCAGGUAGCUGUGGGUGAAGAGGUAGCUGCUGAGACAGAAGGAGAUCAGGAAGCACAAGAGGCAGCAGAAGUUUCUAAAGCUGGGCUGGAGGAGGAGGAGGAAGAUUCAGAGCUUGAACCUCCCAAAAAGAAAAAAGGAAGACCAAAGCUUGGGUCCACAACUACCUGUGGAUACUGCGGCCUGGUAGUGUCCAACGCUACCAACCUCACUGUCCAUGUCCGCCGCAAACACAGCAAGGAGUACGGCUACAGCUGCACUCUGUGCAACUACAGCUGUGUGACCAAAGGAGACAUGGAUCGUCACUGUUUCACCAAGAAACAUGUCAGACGUGCUCAAGAGUGUGCAAAUAAGAACUCAGUCAACCAUGACGCAGGUGAAUCCCUGCAGGAACCCACAACUGCAGAGGCCCAGGAACCAAAUGUGUCAGAGACCGCAGACCAAGAGCAGGAACGUGACGACACGGUCACCAAAGAGAACAGUGAAGAAGAGCCAAGUCAAUCAGACGCAAGCCAGACUAAAAGCACCAUGGCCUGCAGCCAUUGUGACUUCGUAGCUCAGUCCAUCCCUUCCCUCAAUCUUCACAUCAAGAGAAGGCACACCAAAGACUUUGAGUUUGUCUGUCUGGCAUGUAGCUACUAUGCUGUAACGAGCAGGGAAAUGUCUCGCCAUGCUAACACAGAGAAGCACAAACAGAAAAGCCAGAAAUACCUGGAAUCAGCAGGGAGCGAGGGGCAGAGAGCUUUGGCGGUCCCACUGAAGCUGCAGGAGGUCAUUGAGCUUGUGGGUGCAAACUCGCACCCUGAACUUGAUCCUCUUAGCCCGACAGAGGAGUCAGAAUCUGAUGAUGACAGCCCAGCUAUGGAGAGUCAGGAUACAACUGUACCCAAUGUCACCACAGAGCCCGAGGAUGCUGUCGCCAGCGUGCCCGGUGGGCCAGAUGAGAAGCAAGCAGAGGAUGUUGCAUCAUCUGGUGGUGGUGAGCCAGCCAACCCGACAGUUGAACCUACAGCACCGUCUGAAACCCAAGAGGCUCCAACAGAACCUCAUUCUGCACCAGAUCAAUCUGCACAGCAAGAGGAUCAGGAAGAAGAUGCUGAACAGGCAGAAGAUGAACAAUUAAAUUCAGAAACAAGCAUUUCAGAUGUAAAACAGGAAAAUACUCAAUCAGAUACACAGAUCUCCAAAGCCCUUCCCUUUGAUUCCUGCAUUGUAUCUAUGAAAGCCCUUGCCGAGCAGGAGCAAUCACUGCAGGAUUUAGAAGGCCAGGCUGCUGUGAUAUGUUUGACCGGAGGCACACCCGUUCCCGCCGCCAUUGUGUUCUCCAAUUCUGCAUAUGUCAAGAAGCUCAAACGUAAAGAAGAGAAAGUGAGGGAUGAGACUAAAGGAAGCAACUCACGCAUUCGCUGUGAAGACUGUGGCUUCAUGGCUGAUGGCAUCAGUGGCCUCAACGUCCACAUCUCAAUGAAGCAUCCCACCAAGGACAAGCACUUCCACUGCUUGGUGUGCGGAAAGUCGUUCUACACUGAGAGCAACCUGCACCAGCACCUGACGAGUGCUGCACACCUCCGCAACGAGCAGAACAGCGUGGAAGAGCUACCUGAAGGGGGCGCCAACUUUAAGUGUGUGAAAUGCACGGACCGCUUUGAGUCGGAGCAGGAUCUGUUCAUUCACAUAAAGGAGAAACACGAGGAGCUACUCAGGGAGGUCAACAAGUACGUGUUGGAGGACACGGAGCAGAUCAACCGUGAGCGUGAGGAGAACCAGGGCAGCGUGUGUAAAUACUGUGGCAAGGUGUGCAAGAGCAGCAACUCCAUGGCCUUCCUGGCACACAUUCGCACUCACACCGGAUCGAAGCCCUUCAUAUGUAAAAUCUGCAACUUUGCAACGGCUCAGCUGGGGGACGCCAGGAACCACGUGAAGAGGCACCUCGGCAUGAGAGAGUACAAAUGUGACAUCUGUGGAUGGGCCUUUGUGAUGAAGAAACACCUUAGCACCCACCUGCUGGGAAAACAUGGAGUUGGCCAGCGUAAAGAGAGGAAGUUCGAAUGCAACUUGUGCGAGCGCUCCUUCAGUGAAAAAUGGGCCCUGAACAACCACAUGAAACUGCACAGUGGGGAGAAACCGUAUAAGUGCGCCUGGCCGUCCUGCCACUAUGCCUUCCUCAACCUGUCAGCCAUGAAGGACCACUACAGGACACACACUGGAGAGAAGUCUUAUCUGUGUGACCUGUGUGGUUUCGCUGGAGGCACGAGACACGCCCUCACCAAACACAGACGCCAACACACAGGAGAGAGACCCUUCAAAUGUAAGCUCUGCAACUUUGCCUCCACCACGCAGUCCCACCUCUCACGGCACAAACGGAUUCACACCGGGGAGAAACCAUACCGCUGCCCCUGGUGCGACUACAGAUCCAACUGUGCUGAGAACAUCCGGAAGCACAUCCUCCACACGGGCAAACAUGAGGGCGUGAAGAUGUACAACUGUCCCAAAUGUCCUAAUGCCACAAACUCUCCCAUGGAGUUCCGCAACCACCUGAAAGAGAACCACCCGGACAUCGAGAAUCCAGACCUCGCCUACCUUCAUGCAGGUAUCGUGUCCAAGUCUUUCGAGUGUCGCCUGAAGGGUCAGGGGGCAACCUUUGUGGAAACAGAAACUGUGGAAUCUCCUGUGAGUAAGAAGGGCUUGUCUGACCUGCCCGGCCAUGACGGCUCCAUCCAGCAGGUCAUCAUCAUUCAGGGCUACAGCGACGGGGAGGUGGCCAUCGACCAGACCCUGGAGGAGUCUGCUGCUGCCACCCUGCAGACGCUGGCCAUGGCCGGACAGGUGGCGGAGGUGCUCCACAUCACCGAAGACGGACAGGUCAUCGCCUCGGGCAGGGAAGUGGCGUCUGCUGGGGCCCACCUGGCUGGAGGCAGCACCCAGUAUGUGGUCCUGGAGUCUGGGGAGGCUAGGGAAGGACUGCGGGUCGUGGCCAGAGGAGGAGUCGCUGUAGCAGGACAAAGUCAGAGUGUCGUGUCAGAGUCGUCCACAGCUUUAGAUGCUCUGCUCAGCGCGGUCAGUGAAAUGGGUCAACAGGAGGAAAUGCAAAGAGAGGCAGCUGUCGUUCAUGAGGUUGUGACCCCUGAGAUAGUCGAGACUGAGACUGAGCAAAGAGAGACUCAGUCAAAUGUGAAGCAUGAGCAGGAGGAGAUGCAGGUCAUCCAGGAGAGCAGCCAGGAGGGCAUGCAGGAGGUGCUGCAGCUCGCUGCGUCUCAGAUGAUGAAGGAAGGUUUGACCCAGGUUAUUGUUAACGAUGAAGGGACACAUUACAUCGUGACUGAGCUGGACAACUGCACCUUACAGGUGGAGGGAAGCGUGUAUGGAGAGGCGGGGACAGUUGAGGAGGAGGUGCAGCAGACAGAGCAGCAGGAAGGAGAAGAGAUGGUGGUCUAUCUGGAUGGAGCCUCUCAUAAUAUAGUACUGGAAGGGUAGAGGAGAGAAAACUAACAGAGGAAUGUUUGUUUUGAAUUCAGUUAAAGUCCGUGUUAGGCCAAAAGUCUGUCAGGAAGUCUCUCACAGAGUUCCUCUUUUUACACUGUUGGAUUCUUUUUCAUUUAACAUAAUUCUUGUUUCGUUUUGCUUGUCUUACUUCACUCCUCUCUCUCGGGCUAUGCUAAACUCAGGUUAAACAUCACUUAUUUAGAUUGACAGUGGAGGAAAGAGGUUUUGGUGCUCGCUGAGUUACCGUGCAACCCUCAUAACCACCAGAAUUACAUAAACCACUUUAUAGAUGCCAUGCAACUAAAGGAAAUGAAAUGAUAUCCUCUUGAAUUAUUUUACAAUGCAUCUAAUAUUGUGAGUGUUGAAGGAUAAGAUAAAAAGGUAAAUAUGCUUUCUUCUCUGAGGUUACAAAGUUCUUCAUGCAUAUGCGUUUUUUUCUUUAAGUUGGUGAUGUAAUGAAUUUUCACAUGUUCAAAGACACAACAGUUGAAUUAUUGUCUUUUCUUUUUAGUUUAAAUUUUCAUUUUUGUUGUUGUGAUUUUCUUCAAUUUAGAAAAAAUAAUAUUUUGGGGAUUUGAAGAUUGUCAAUACAAAUGUUUCAGAUGAUUUAUGUGUAACAGAAAAGAGAUGAAAUGAAAUGUUCAUCCCUCUAAAAGCAUCCACACAUUUCAUUUUUGACAUUAAAGAUUGAACUUGAUUUUUAA